ACCGCCCCAGGUGCCGCAGGCACUGCCGCCUGAGCCCGCGGCCCGCCCGCCAGGGACACAAGGAGCUGGGGAGGGGGUGGAGGCGGCGAGAGCCUCGGCCUUGGCCAGACCUAGGGCGCCUGUCAGGGAGCAGGCCAGCCUGGCCAAGGACAGAUCAGCAGGCUGGGAGAGACCCCCAUGGGGUCUUGGCCAUGUUCCCCUGGACACCCCAGAACCCUACCACCGGGGGUCCCUACCAAGUUGCCCUCUCUGGGACUAUUAAACCUCAAGACUCCCUGACUCCCAAGUCUUGGCUGGGCAGCUUGGAAAAGUACUAGGUGGAGAGUCCCCAGGCCUGGGGCCUGACCCAAGAUCUGCUACUAGGGGACCCCUACCCCCACCCCUGACCUUAGUUUCUCUCUUGUGUAGAAGUCAAAGGUUGGACCUGUGUGCUUCAAAGCCCGUUUCAGGGCUGACAGUUACCCCUGUGUCCUCCUUGCCCUUUAGCACGGGUUGUGGGCGAGGAGGGGCGCUGGACCCCGAGCACCCACCACUGCCCCCAGGAGGCAAGCUGGGAGCCUGGGGAGGGUCUGAGAGGGGAGACGCAGGGGUGAGGCUUGCAUAGUAGAGCUGAGGCUAGGCAGGGGGCACGACCCCGUCCCAGGCCGACCAGAACCCCCAGGGCCUGCCCUGCAGAGCAGCCCUCCGCCCAUCUUUUCUCUGCUAGAACAUUCUCUGCUAGAACACUCUCCUCCCGGCUCCUUUUGGCAAAGAUGCUGCAUCCCAGCGAGAGGUUCUCACCCAAGAUGAAGCAGACAGGGCACUAGGGGACAGAUGAGACUUGGGAGUCACGCCUCACAUACCGCUUGUAGCUGUGAAAGCUUCAGCUGGUUCCUUCCCUCCCCUUGAGUCUGGAAAAUGAGGGUUGUGGUGCCCUCCCUCCCCCAGAGUGGGGAUUCAAGGAGGCACCGGAAGCAUCUGGUGGCCAUAAGUUGCGUAUGGCCGUGCUGUUGUUUUCCUCUGGGCUCCCCAUCCCUGGAGCCCUCUGCCCAGGGCCCUCCCGCCAGCCCUGCUCAGACAAAGCGGGGGCCAGCCUUGUGUCUGUGGAAGCUUAAUGGCAGGUUCAGACCAUCGAGUUUGAGUCAUGGAGACAGAUAAUGAUAACCCCAGUGUCUGCCUCUGAUGGCGUUGUGUAUAUACCUUGUUCCGUGGGAGCCACUGGGCCAUCCACCGGGGACCCUCGGUGUCGCCGCCGUCUUGCCUUUGAUUGUAGUCUUGACCUGGUGGAUACUGCAGCUUCCGCCACUGCGAGAUGGACCCAGGCAGGAAGUUGGUCCUCGCCUGUGUACGUGGCAUUUCUGUCGCAGCCCCAACAGCGGAGCCGUGUCCCUCACAGGAAAGAUGAUUCCGGUGGCCGAGUUCAAGCAGUUCACGGAGCAGCAGCCCGCGUUCAAGGUGCUCAAACCCUGGUGGGACGUGCUGGCGGAGUACCUCACCGUGGCUAUGCUCAUGAUCGGGGUCUUCGGCUGCACCCUGCAGGUGACACAGGACAAGAUCAUCUGUCUGCCGAGUCACGAACUCCAGGAGAAUUUCUCAGAGGCCCCCUGCCAGCAACUGCUGCCUCGGGGCGUCUCCGAGCAGAUGGGGGGCCUCCGGGAGGUAAGCGGCCUCAAGAACAAUCUGGACCUCCAGCAGUACAGCUUCAUUAACCAGCUCUGCUACGAGACAGCCCUCCACUGGUACGCCAAGUACUUCCCCUACCUGGUCGUCAUUCACACGCUCAUCUUCAUGGUGUGUACCAGCUUCUGGUUCAAGUUCCCCGGCACCAGCUCCAAGAUCGAGCACUUCAUCUCCAUUCUGGGCAAGUGUUUCGACUCUCCGUGGACCACACGGGCCCUGUCCGAGGUCUCUGGGGAGAACCAGAAGGGCCCCACCACCGGACGGGCGACAGCAGCCGUGGAGGCCUCGGCGGGGCCGGGAAAAGCCAAUGAGGGUGAGAAGGAAAAGGUGCUGGUGGAGCCCGAGAAGGUGGUGACUGAGCCACCAGCCGUCACCCUACUGGACAAGAAGGAGGGUGAGCAGGCCAAGGCCCUGUUUGAGAAGGUCAAGAAGUUCCGCGUGCACGUGGAAGAGGGGGACAUCUUGUACACCAUGUACAUCCGGCAGACGGUGCUCAAAGUCUGCAAGUUCUUUGCCAUCCUGGUCUACAACCUGGUCUACGUGGAGAAGAUCAGCUUCCUGGUGGCCUGCAGGGUGGAGACCUCGGAGGUCACGGGCUACGCCAGCUUCUGCUGCAACCACACGAAGGCCCACCUCUUCUCCAAGCUGGCUUUCUGCUACAUCUCCUUCGUGUGCGUCUACGGGAUCACCUGUCUCUACACCCUCUACUGGCUCUUCCACCGGCCCCUCAAGGAGUACUCCUUCCGUUCUGUGCGGGAGGAGACGGGCAUGGGUGACAUCCCCGACGUCAAGAACGACUUUGCUUUCAUGCUGCACCUCAUCGACCAGUAUGACUCCCUCUACUCCAAGCGCUUUGCCGUCUUCCUCUCCGAGGUCAGCGAGAGCCGCCUGAAGCAGCUCAACCUGAACCACGAGUGGACGCCCGAGAAGCUGCGCCAGAAGCUGCAGCGCAAUGCCCGCGGCCGGCUCGAGCUGGCCCUCUGCAUGCUCCCGGGGCUGCCCGACACCGUCUUCGAGCUCAGCGAGGUGGAGGCGCUCCGGCUGGAGGCCAUCUGCGACAUCACCUUCCCCCCGGGCCUCUCGCAGCUGUUGCACCUGCAAGAGCUCAGCCUGCUUCACUCACCCGCCCGGCUGCCCUUCUCCUUGCAGAUCUUCCUGCGGGACCGCCUGAAGGUCAUCCGGGUCAAGUGCGAGGAGCUCCGCGAGGUGCCCCUGUGGGUGUUCGGGCUGCGUGGCCUGGAGGAGCUGCACCUCGAGGGGCUCUUCCCCCCGGAGCUGGCUCGGGCGGCGACCCUCGAGAGCCUCCGGGAGCUGAAGCAGCUCAAGGUGCUGUCUCUGCGGAGCAAUGCCAGCAAGGUGCCGGCCAGCGUGACCGACGUGGCCGGGCAUCUGCAGCGGCUUAGUCUGCACAACGACGGGGCCCGCCUGCUGGCCCUGAACAGCCUCAAGAAGCUGGCGGCGCUGCGGGAGCUGGAGCUGGUGGCCUGCGGGCUGGAGCGCAUCCCCCAUGCCAUCUUCAGCCUGGGGGCGCUGCAGGAACUUGACCUCAAGGACAACCACCUGCGGUCCAUUGAAGAGAUCCUCAGCUUCCAGCACUGUCGCAAGCUGGUCACGCUCAAGCUGUGGCACAACCAGAUCGCCUACGUCCCCGAGCACGUGCGCAAGCUCCGGGGCCUCGAGCAGCUCUACCUCAGCCACAACAAGCUGGAGACCCUGCCCGCCCAGCUCGGCCUGUGCUCUGGCCUCCGCCUGCUGGACAUCUCCCACAACGGGCUGCGCUCCCUGCCGCCCGAGCUGGGCCUCCUCCAGAGCCUGCAGCACCUGGCUGUGUCCUGCAACGCCCUGGAGGCCCUGCCGGAGGAGCUCUUCUUCUGCCGCAAGCUGCGGACGUUGCUCCUGGGCUACAACCGCUUGAGCCAGCUCUCGCCCCAGGUGGGGGCCCUCAGGGCCCUCAGCCGCCUGGAGCUCAAGGGCAACCGCUUGGAGGCUCUGCCAGAAGAACUUGGCAACUGUGUGGGGCUCAAGAGAGUGGGGCUCCUGGUGGAGGACACCCUUUACGAGGGCCUGCCAACGGAGGUGCGGGAAAAAAUGGAGGAGGAAUGAAGCGAAAGGUGGGGCAGGUUGGGGUAGAGGCCUUCUGGAUGCUUCCGCCCCAGAAUCUCUACUAUCGUCUUCAAGCGAGGUGGCCAAGAGGGCCCAGGCCGGGAGACGAGGAGCAGACACAUCAGCCUUGGGUUGGGG